AUGGGCCCCAGGGGACCCCCGCCCAACCGACCCAACCCCACCGAGCGGGUGAAGGCCGAAAAGUUGGCACAGGAGAAGAUCAAGGAAAUGCGGCGGCAGGUUGAUGACGCGGCAGCUGAGACCAUGGAAUUGCAACGGGCAUUGACCCAGGAGGCCAAAGACGCCAAGGCACAGUUCGAUAAAGCCCUCAGAGAGCAAGCCUUCAACUGCAAAGCGCGACUUCAUCAGGACUGGAUGACAUGA